GACUGGGUGUGAAUGGCUGCUCUCUGGCAGCCAAUGGUUGAGCACCGGAUGCGAGAUAUCCGCUGCAACAACAAGCGCUCUGUUCCCCCUUCAGCUUGACGCCAUUUACAGCCCAAAUCCCGACCUCCUCUCCGGAAAGAGCAAAAAAAAAAAAAAAAAAAAAAAAAAACACACUCACACAUGAGAAAAAAUACCUACUCGCCAGCCCUCAGAGCCUUGCGGAUAAAACCCACCGAAUUAAUACUACUUCUGAGCUGGAGUUUUGUCUCUCAUUUGUCCCUUUCCCCCCCUCUACUUCUUCUUCUGCAAAAGUGAAGUGAAGUUUACACUCCGCCGGUUAUUGAUUGUGAAGUUUUCGUUUUAAUGCCUCGUGCUCUUGCGCAAAACAUGGGAUUUACGUCUUAGCGCUGCCUUUAAUCAAAAUGCUCCGGUUGGAAACUUUCUCAAUGGAUUCUACCGACGGCUUUCCAGACUGAGUUGUUGACGUAUGGAAUAAACACUCUUUCAUAUUGGAUUUACUUCACCUAAACGGGAGCUAAAGGGUCGAAAGCACGGACUUCAGAUGUGUCCCAUGCCAGCCACAGUGACCCUUCAGUCCCGAUAUGGAUUCCACAAGUCAGAACGACAGCGACGGGGGAGGAGGACGCCAUGGCCGGUCACCGCCACCGGCCGGCACGCUGGGCACGCCGCAUGACGAAAGGAGAGCGCAACCACGGCCUCCGCAAACCCAAGGUAGUUCGCCAGAUCCUGGGUUGAACAACGGGACCCAUACACCGGCAGUGCUGUCUCUGGAUCAGAUCAGCAUAACCGGGAGUAGUAAUGAGUACACAGAAGGGCCCACGGUUUCCCAAAUCUCUCCAGCCUCUCAGCACAGGAGACAGAGGAGUGACUUGGUUACGUCGCCAGGUCCACGGACCAGUGGGCAGCAGGAGACUGUGGAAGAGGGGCCCAAUAAUCUCCGUAAUCUGCGUUCAUUGACUGAGUAUGGAAACACAAAUACGUCCAUCCCUUCCAGGGAGGGCACACUGCGGUCCUCCAGUGCAGAGGACUCCCAGAGCAGCAUCAGGACCAGCGUAGGGAGUACUUCGUCGGGCCAGCGUCUCCUCAGCAGCCCGCCAGGCAGUAACCAGAUAAUCAGAACCCAGCCGAAACGGGCGGAGCUGAAUUCAGAAGAGCUGAAGCCCCUGAGCGGUGAGUGCAUGGACGUGUUGGCCACACCAGGCAACGGAAGCUACAAAAAUCACGGCACGCACGCCAACAAGUGCGAGGACUGCGGCCGGUGCCGGUGCCCAGAGUGCAGCCGCCCACGGGCGCUCCCUUCCUGCUGGAUGUGCGGCCGCCGGUGCAUGUGCUCGGCGCAGAGCGCAGUGGAGUACGGGACAUGCAUCUGCUGCGUCAAGGGGCUCUUCUACCACUGCUCCAGCGACGACGAGGACACGUGCGCCGACAAGCCCUUCUCGUGCUCGCAGUCGCACUGCUGCGUCCGCUGGGCGGCGGCGUCGCUCUUCGCCCUGCUCUUCCCCUGCCUCCUGUGCUACCUCCCGGCUAAAGGAUGCGUCGCCGUGUGCCAGAGCUGCUACGACCGAGGCACGCGACCCGGCUGUCGGUGCAAGAACACAAACCCAAUCCACUGUGAGGAUGUUGGCAAGCCAUCAUAGACAAAGAUGGUGGUGUUACAAAUGAUGUUAAAAUGCAAGAAGGAUGAAAAGACUCCAUGUUGACUGAACUGAUAGAUGGUCCUGUAGUUAAAAGGUUUGAUUUAGAGAGCUAAUGAUGCUUGAGUUUUUUGUUUUUUUUUUGUUUUUUUGCGUGUGUGUUCCCCAUCUAGAUCUUCAUGCCUACCAGAUCUGGGCAGAAACAUAGUCACAUUUUUCCUUCACUUGUCAACUUUUAAUGCUUGGCUGACAAAACUGUAAACCAAAAUAAGCACUCCACAUGUUAUAAGGUAUGAAAAGACAUAUUCAACUACUGUUUCAAUCCUGAAAAAUAAUUUCUUCACUCAAGUGCCCAGAUAUCGAGUUGUUGCUAUGAGAGUCCAAAUAGCUAGCCUUUUUUUUUUUUUUUUUUUUUACAUUUAAUACAACUUAUAUGCUAAGAACAGACUCCUAUUAUUAACUGUAUGUAAAGUAGGAAAUGCAAAAGGUAUGUACAUUAGAAAAUGAGUUUGACAGAUGUUUUAUUUUUGUACAUAUAAUAAUACUUCAACUGUGAAAAGUUUUCUGCCAUACCAGAGGCACUUUGAUAAAUCCACAUUUAUAUGAAAUCAGUAAACAGUUCAUUCAUACAAUGUUUGUACAUUCACUGGAAUGUAUAUCAAUCAUUUAAUGUAAUUUACAAAGGAAAAGUCUUAUCCCUUCUACUUGUAAAUUGUACAGUGACCUUAUAUGAAAAAUUUAUUUUCUAAUUCCAACAUUGCUUAGUGUAAAGUUAAAAAAAAUAUAUAUUUAUUUGAAGGUUUAUUAUUUUAUAAUGAAACAUAUUUAUUUUGAGGAAGCAUUGUUAAUGUGUCACACCUCUCACAGGGGCUACUUUUUAGUCACAGAUUCUGAGGUGACCUGUAGGAGUGUCAACGCUGGAUCAAUAGUUCACUAUGAAUUAGAAGACAAAUAUAUUAACGUUUGAAAUUAAACAACCUUGAAGUCA